CUUUUCUGUGUUGGUUUUCCUGUUGAGCAAAUAAAAACAUUGCACAAGGUAAACUAACUAUCAGCAACCACUGAGGCAGAGAGAAUGGGCAGGGUAAGCAUGAGGUGGGUCAUCCUGUGGGCGCUGCUCGGGCUCAGCGUGGCCCAGCACGACCCCCACGUCAGACACGGCAGGACGGCAAUCGUGCACCUGUUUGAGUGGCGCUGGGCCGACAUCGCCGCCGAGUGCGAGCGCUUCUUGGGGCCCAAUGGCUUCGGGGGAGUUCAGAUCUCUCCCCCGAACGAACACAUUGUGCUAAACAAUCCCUGGAGGCCGUGGUGGGAACGAUACCAGCCAGUGGGCUACGAGCUGUGUUCCCGGUCUGGCACCGAGCACGAGCUCAGAGACAUGGUCACCAGAUGCAACAACGUCGGGGUCAACAUCUACGUGGACGCAGUCAUCAACCACAUGUGCGGCUCCGCCGGUGGUGAGGGGACCCACUCUUCGUGCGGUACCUGGUUCAGUGCCAGCACUAAGAGCUUCCCCAGUGUUCCCUACAGCAGCUGGGACUUUAACGACCAUAAAUGCAAAACCGGAAGCGGCGAGAUUGAGAACUACAGCGACGCAAAUCAGGUGCGUGACUGUCGCCUGGUGGGCCUCCUGGACCUGGCCCUGGAGAAGAACUACGUCCGGGACAAGGUGGCCGAGUUCCUGAACAAGCUGAUCGACAUGGGCGUGGCCGGAUUCCGGGUGGACGCCUGCAAACACAUGUGGCCCGGCGACUUGGCCGCCGUCUAUGGGCGUCUGCACAACCUCAGCGACAAGUGGUUCCCCGAUGGUUCCAGACCGUUCAUUUACCAGGAGGUAAUCGAUCUGGGAAAUGAAUCCAUCUCGUCUAGAGAGUACGUAAAUCUGGGACGGGUGACCGAGUUCAAAUACGGAGCCAAAUUAGGAACGGUCUUCCGAAAAUGGCAAGGCGAAAAGCUUCACUACACCAGAAACUGGGGCGAGGGCUGGGGUUUCAUGCCUCACGGUAAUGCUGUCGUCUUCGUUGACAACCACGACAACCAACGAGGUCACGGUGCAGGCGGCGCAUCGAUACUUACCUUCUGGGACCCGAGGCUCUACAAAAUGGCCAUCGGCUACAUGUUGGCACACCCCUACGGAGUAACCAGGGUCAUGUCGAGUUUCCGCUGGGAUCGCCACAUUGUCGAUGGAAAGGAUCAGAACGACUGGAAGGGACCACCGAGUCAUAGCGACGGAAGCACCAAGCCUGUUCCCAUCAACCCCGAUCAGACUUGCGGAGAUGGAUGGGUGUGCGAGCACAGGUGGCGUCAAAUCAAGAACAUGGUCAUUUUCCGCAACGUAGUCGACAGGCAGCCUCAAUCCAACUGGUGGGACAACCAGAGUAACCAGGUUGCCUUUGGACGCGGUAACCGAGGUUUCAUCGUCUUUAACAACGAUGACUGGAACCUAGAUGUGAAUCUCAACACCGGCAUGCCAAGCGGCACCUACUGUGACGUCAUCUCCGGCCAAAAAGAAGGCAACAGAUGCACCGGGAAGCAGAUUCACGUCCGCAGUGACGGCUACGCCAAGUUCUGGAUUAGCAACCAGGACGAGGACCCCUUUGUAGCUAUCCAUGCCAAAUCCAAACUGUAAACACCUACUUUGAGCAAACAAGCAAUAGACCAUUCACAAAUAUGAUGUUUCCAUUAAAGGGGCUUCAUGG